AUGAACAGAGUGACAAUUGCCAAACGUUUCACGUCCACUGCUGUUAAGACGACCCAUGCCCCACUGUCGGCAGCACAAGCAGCAUAUCUCGAACGGGUUAUACGGGUCGACCAGGCGGGCGAGUUGGGUGCAGACCUCAUCUAUGCGGGACAGUACCUGGCCUUGUCUCACAACAAGAAGGUCAAGCCCGUCAUCAAACAUAUGUGGGAGCAGGAAGUUGUUCACCGGACCACGUUCAACGAGCUGCAGGUGCAACAUCGGGUGAGGCCUUCUAUAUUGACGCCCAUUUGGAAGGUUGGAGCGUUUGGAUUAGGAUUUGCGACGGGGUUUAUGAACAAGGAGGCGGCCAUGGCAUGCACAGAGGCUGUGGAGACGGUCAUUGGCAGCCAUUACAACCAGCAACUACGUGUUUUAAGCAACAACUUUGGAGAUAUCAAGGAAUUAGACACUGGUAAAUACACCGAUUCUAAAGAGGUGACGAAUUUGAAAAACACAAUUAUGAAAUUCAGAGAUGAAGAGCUGGAACAUUUGGAUACAGCCAUCAAGAACGACUCGCAUAACGCUCGUCCAUAUUGGCUAUUGACAGAAACUAUCAAGGGGAUAGUUAAAGGUGCCGUUUUCACCGCAGAACGUAUCUGA